GCAAAUAUACGAAGCUAAUAUUCACACAGCAAUGCAGAAGCAAAGGUUUCAUUUUAAAUUUUGCUCUCUGCAAUUUAUUUUGCUCUGCAGACUCUUUAUUCUCAGUGUUUUGGCUGCGUUUUGCGUUGGAGGAGUCCAAGCCUUUGAAUCAUCGGAAGGAAGAUCGUUGUUUUGGUUCAACAGCAGAGUCGCGGCCAACACUAAUUUAAUUUAUCCUGGCACAAAUUUCUGCGGUGUGGGGAGUGCUUCUAGAGGCGAAGAGCUGGGCAGACUCAUUCAGCUGGACCAGUGCUGCAGAAUGCACGACCAGUGUCCAGACAGCAUGCCAGCCAAAACCAGCAAGCACGGACUUGAAAAUAAAGACUUUUACACACGGUCUCACUGCGAUUGUGAUUCGAAUUUUUAUCAAUGCCUGAAAGCCGCCAAAGGCCUGCAUGCCGUAAACGUCGGCAAUAUCUAUUUCAACGUGCUGCAAUCGAAAUGCUAUAAGCAGUUUACCAGACAGCAGUGUGUUCAAAUCGCGUCAAAUGGUGAAUGUUUGAGGUUUGAGGCUAUCGAUGAGUGGAAUUGGGCCGAAAACCCGAGGUUCUGAAAGUUUCAUGUUUGUGUUAAAUUAAUAAAUCGGUAUAAAAAUGAAGUGAUUGACUUUAGCCCCUUUGCUUGUGUAUGUUUUUUCUCGCAAUUAGUCAAGGAAUGGAUUAAUGUAUCACAAAUUAAAAAUCUCUAAAGCCUAUGAGAAAGGUUGGCUAUGAAAGGAAACACUUAAUUUCGUAAUUAGGAUCCUACAAAAUUUAUCCUUUCUCGAAAGCUUUCCUUUAACAAAAUAAACUUGAGUUUUUUCUUCUGAAUAUCUGUUCAACUGUGAACCUUGUAUGCUACGCUCUAUCGUCCACAUUCAUUAUUCACAGUAUUUUUUAGGCAAUAGUAUUACUAUGAACAAACACCCUUUCGUAACCAGAAUUCGAUGGAGUAUAGUUCAGUGCAUGUUAUAGGGGCGAGCGCAUUGCCACAUCUCUGCUUCUCUAAAAACCUUAAAUUUGGUUGGUUUGUAUCAGGAAUCGGUUUUUUAGUGCAGCAACUGCUUCAAAAGAACUAAAGAGAUUCCCUUGAUACUCAAAUUUUACAUUUUGAUCUUCGAUCAUUAUUCGAAACUGUUGAACCACAAGCAACCGCAACCAACCGUCUGAACAUUGACUGACACAAUGAGGUCCUUUUGCAUCCUGUUGUUAGUCGCCUUUGCCUUAGCAGAGGCCACCAUCAUGUACCCUGGCACUAACUAUUGCGGACCUGGAAGCUCUGCACAAGGGGAGGCCAAACUGAAAGACGUGGAUGACUGUUGCAAAUUGCACGAUGGAUGCCCAAUCAAAAUUGAAAGGGGCGUGGAGAAAUAUAGCCUGUUUAACGACGGAUUUUUUACAAGGCAUUUACACAAUUUAAUUUCUUAAUACAGUAGUUUUGAAAUUAUUUUUUCCUGAAAUAAGGAGUUCCUGUGAAUGUGACGUAGAACUUAGAGACUGUUUGGAAAAGGUUGGCAGUUGGCAUUCGAAAGUGAUUCGCAAAACGUAUGAUUUCUUUGGACCAACACAGUGUAUUGAAAUUAAAACCACUUGCAUUGAGAGGACAAUUUCAGGAGUUUGCAACAAAAACGAGACGACCUACGCGUUUGUCAUGAGAAAAACUAAACAUGCUUUUAAAAAAUAAAUAAAUAAUCCGACUUAAAGAGUUUUUAUCACUAUACCAAAUGCCAAUAUAUUUUAUUUUUACAAAAUACUAUAAUUUUAUAUCUUAGAACAUUCAAGCCAUGAAUGAUUUGAGGCAAACAGAAAAAAUUGCAGAGAAAAUUGCACCAAAAAAGUUUUCUAUAUUAAAGAAAUAACGAAAUGCAAUGUAUUUCACUUAUAUGUAUAAUCAUGUGUGUAUGGUAUUUUACUAAUUUUAUAUUGCGAUUAUCCCUUCCCACCUAAAACUUUAGAACUCUCAUGACCUAUCACGCGUUUCAGUACUUUAAACACUCAAUUUUACUUUAUUUUCACAUUAGCCAAUAUUUUAGCUUAAGAAACAUUUGAAAUCGCCU